AUGUUUAGGAUAGGUACUAAAACCAAAUUGGUUUUGGGAGCUGUGGGAUUUUAUGCUUCAGCUGAAGCAUACCUUCAUUGGUCAACCCAACAGAUCAUAAAUAGUCGUAAAUUAUCGAUAUCUUCACAAGAGAAGUUCAAAAGUGAAACUGUAGCAGGAAUGUUCAUUAAUCCUUUUCCGGAGUAUAGGCCCCAAACAGGUUUUGAAUUCAUGUUAGUAAGGUUUAUAGAGCUUUUCGAGAGUUUUUAUGGGAACAAGAUUGAGUUACAUGAACAUCCAGAUAAAGAUCAUACGGUAGAAGACUACUUACAAAUCCAUAAACCCAAUAUUGAUAUAUUUACCCAGAAUUCUAAAAUCUUACAAGAAUGUAUCAAAAAUGAUAAUUUUAAGGCUAUCAAAAGUAGUUGGUGGAGUACUCCCAUCAAUAAACAAUUGUUAUGUAUAUGGUUGGGUCAGUCAUGUUCUUUGAUUCAGAUUUCAGGGAUAAAUUUCUUAACUGAUCCUAUUUUAAGUGAUCAUUUAUUCUCACCACAUAUUGGACCUAGGAGAUUAAAUAGCAGUCCUAUGGAUUUGAAGGAUUUACAAAAUGCUACCAAUAAUCAACUUAAUUUCAUAUUAGUUAGUCAUGAUCAUCCUGAUCAUUUAGAAAUGGAUUUAGUUAAACAAAUAGGAAAUAAAUCAACUUGGAUUGUACCUUUAGGAUUGAAAAAGACCUUGGCUAGGAAAGGAAUUUAUAAUAUCAUAGAGAUGGAUUGGUGGGAAAGUAUAAAAUUGAAUCCUUAUAUCAAAGGGGGUGAUAAAUUAGAUGAUUAUGAGAUUGUUUGUUUACCAUCAAUGCAUUGGAGUGGUAGAUGGAUAGUAGAUGCUAAUUUCUCUUUAUGGUGUUCAUUCAUAAUCAAACAAAAUGGCAAAUCGAUUGUUUAUCAUGCUGGUGAUACUGGAUAUCUGAAGGAAUUAUUUGAAGAGAUUGGUAGAGUUCAUGCACCUGUUCACUUAUCAUUAUUACCCAUAGGACAAUAUUGUCCUUCAUGGCAUCAAAAACCUCGUCACAUUUCACCUGAAGAAUCAUUAAAAAUCGUUGAUCAUCUUAAAUCAUCAUUCAUGUUUGGAGUUCAUUGGGGGACUUAUAAAUUAAGUAGUGAACCAAUUCUUGAACCCAAGAAAUUACUCACAAAAUUAUCUAAAGACAGAGAAAAAACCGAAUAUUUCAAAACUCCAGAAUUUGGAUUAACAUACUUAUUCGAUAUUGAUAAGAAUAUUCAAUAUCCAAUAUAUUAA